UUUUUCUCGGCUUGCAUCUCAGUCCUACUUCUGGUCUUCAACCGGAGCGGAAGCGCAUGCAGGACGUCGAAAGGGCUUAUUUUCGAUCUAUUAAGGGAUACCAAGUUUAGAUUAGGCUGUAUGAAGAUGGGUUUCACGACAUCACUGACCGUUUGUGUAAUUCUGUCGAUGUGUUGGGAUUUGAAAGUUGAAAGUUUGGAAGACCGCCAUUCUCUGCACUAUGUGUACACGGCCCUAUCAAAGGCACCUGUCUCUGCACCUGGAAUCUUCGAAUUUACUGCUAUGGGCCUACUGGACGACAAGAAGAUUGAUUACUAUAACAGCAAAGACCAGGUCAAGAUUCCUCAACAGGACUGGAUGAGAGAAAAGCUUGACGCAAAUUACUGGAACCAAGGCACCCAGUCACGCAAAAGCAAAGAGCAGUGGUUCAAAGUCAACGUAAACAUUCUGAUGGAACGCAUGAGACACAACAACUCAGAUAUUCAUGUCCUUAUGUGGAGACAUGGCUGUGAAGUUAUCACCAUGCCAGACGGGUCUCUCAAGUUUGAGAAGGGUGUGGACGAAUACAGCUAUGAUGGCAAGGAUUUCCUUUCCUUUGAUGAGUAUUCAACACAGUGGGUGGCCCCUGUUAGUGCAGCUGUAGCCACGAAACAAAAGUGGGAUGGGGUGCCAACCCUAAACCAGUACACCAAGGGCUACCUGGAGACAGAGUGUGUGCGUUGGCUGAAGGAAUUCAGAGGAUACAGGGACGAGAAGGAAAAGCAGACAGAUCUAUCAAAGAUUUAUUUGUUUGCUAAAGAUGCCAAAUCUUCAGAUACAUUGAAGUUGACCUGUAUGGCCACAGGCCUCUACUCAAAAAACACUGAGAUCAGCAUCCUGAAGAGUGGCUGGUCUGUAGCGAAAGGUUGUAAGGAACCUACGGAUAUCUUGCCCAAUGAUGAUGGAACCUACCAGAUCAGACUGAGUGUGGACGUAAAGAAAUAUGAGAUAAAUGAUUUCGGAUGUGAGGUGAAUCAAGGGGAACAGAAAACCAUACUUGUAGCCCAAUGGCCCAAAGAUGGAAUAUUAUCUGCUGCAGCUCCCUCCUCCAUUGUGCCAGUGGUGGCGGGGGUGCUGGUGCUGCUGCUGCUGCUGAUGCUGGUGCCGGUGAUCGUGGUUGUCUUUCUUGUGAAAAAAGGCAUUAUUGAGUAUAAGGGAGGUCUCAAAUUCAGUCGCCCAAGUUCCGGUAUGUAUUGAGUGUUAUGUACACAA